GCUGUGAGUGUGCAGUAUAAAGGACAGAGCCGCUAGCUCUCAACCAGAAUAGAUAUCAGCAUUUCAAGUACGGCACACCAACAGGAGAAGUUCUUAGACGCUGUACUCUCUUUUAGCGACUCAGCUUUUAGCUUUCUCCUUGUGAGAACAUAAGACUUCCUAGUCUAGGUGUACGCAUAAAACUUACGAAAUGGACAUCCAGAGGACAGGAUCUGUAGUUCGGCCCCCCAGCCCCAUGGAUAGCCUUGAGAAGCAGCUGAGCUGCCCCAUCUGCCUGGACAUGUUCACGAAGCCUGUGGUCAUCCUGCCUUGCCAGCACAACCUGUGCCGUAGCUGUGCCAGUGACCUCUAUGACUCGCGCAACCCGUACCGCUUUUCUGGUGGCGUCUUUCGCUGCCCUACCUGCCGGUUUGAGGUUGUGCUCGACCGCCAUGGUGUGCACGGGCUUCAGCGAAACCUGUUAGUGGAAAAUAUCAUUGACAUCUACAAGCAGCAGCAAGAACUAAGUGGCAGUGGAAAGACAGAAACCAACCUGAAGCCUAAAGAGUCCAAAGAGCCAAAGUGCCAGGAACAUGAGGAUGAGAAAAUCAACAUCUACUGUGUGACCUGCCAAACACCCACCUGCUCCAUGUGCAAAGUGUUUGGCCAGCAUAAGGACUGUGAGGUGGCCCCUCUAACAACUGUUUAUGAGACCCAGAAGGGUGAACUGAGUAAUGCUAUCGAUACGCUGGUGACCAGCAAUGGUCGCCUGCAGUCUCUGCUUAAUCAGAUGGAAGACGCCUGCCGUGCUGUACAGGAAAACGCUCAGCGUGCCAAGCAGGGCCUCGCUGAGCGGUUUGAUCUGCUAUAUGCUAUCCUAGAAGAGCGUAAGGGCAUUUUACUUGAGCAGAUUGGGAAAGAGCAAGAUGAAAAGGUGGCAGCUCUGCGGGCACUGGCUCAGCGUUACGGUGAGCGACUGCAGGCCAGCUCAGAGCUGACUGAUUCGGCUGUGAGGGCAUUGGAGCAGAGCGGAGCUGCUGAGUUCCUGUUGGCUUCGAAGGGCCUUAUCACACAGACCAAAGAUGCAGCCAAAGCCUCACUGGGGGAAGAAAGGCCCGAGCCAGGCUUUGAGAAGAUGGACCACUUCACUAUAUCAACGGAGCGUGUUGAAAGAGUCCUUGGAAAAAUGGACUUUGGAGUGGUUGGAGAUGAUGAUGAAUUUGAGGAUGCAGAGGAAGAGGAGGAAGAAGAGGAGGAAUGAUGAGAAUUGGAAGUUGUUUUGAACUUAAGUACUCUUGAAGGUGUUUUGAAAUAGGGCAGUGUUUGUCUUGAGGACUGAAAUAUUAAGGAGGUGAAAGAGGAUGUGGGCUGAAACUGUUUGCCCUGUCAGUGCAAUAUCUAAUUUCAGUGUCAUAUUCAUUCUUUUUUUUCUUAAGUUCUUUUUAUACUUUUGUACCUCUAAGUCUGUUAAAUGUAGAAACAGGUAGUAUUUAGGAAUAGUUGUUAUUUUAGAUUUCCUUUCUCACUUUUUUUGUGGAAUUGGUGAUCAACUGACCUCGAUGUAAUCACCAAGUCUGUUGUUACUGGUAAUAAACCUGCAUGAAUUGAAGCAGCAAUGUUCUUUAUUUUUAGCUCAAUGUAAGCCCAACUUAAAAUAUUGAUUUAUUUAUAUUAAAUAAAUGGGGCUUAAAAGGAAAAAAAAAACCCUACAUGACUUAGGAUUAUUUUGGUGCUACAGACUUUUGGAGUGCUUCCAUCCAAAUGGUUCCCAGUCUGUUGCUGCUCUUACUUGGCAGUGGACUGUAUUUAAAAAUAAAGCCCCUUGCCAUGUC